AUGUGGAAGAAACUGCUAAAGCUUCGACCACUUGCCUCGCAGCUAGCAAGAGUAGAUAUUCGAAAUGGCUCAACGACUUCCUUCUGGUAUGAUGAAUGGUCUUCGCUGGGCAAGCUGAUUGAUUUGACUGGAGAUCGAGGUUGCAUUGACUUAGGAAUUCCGAUCAAUGCCACUGUGGAAAGGGCAGUUCAGUCCUAUAGAUGUCGGAGGCGCAGGACUGAUGUACUAAGGAGUAUUGAGCAGGAGAUAACUACGCUCAGGGAUAUUGGUCUUAGUCAGGAGGAGGAUUUAUGUCUUUGGAAGAGAGUGAAUGGAGACUACCGGUCUGAGUUUUCUACCUCUCAAACAUGGAUCCUCAUACGCACUCACACCCCGACGGUCCCUUGGAGUAAAGGAGUUUGGUUCCCGGAAGCUACUCCAAAAUACUCUUUCAUUACAUGGAUCGCGGUCCAUAAUAGAUUGUCAACGGGUGAUCGUUUGCUGAAGUGGAACCCUCAAGCUAUGUCUACUUGCUGGCUCUGCAAAUCUGCUGCAGAAACCAGAGACCACCUGUUUUUCGAAUGUACGUACUCUGAGGUAGUUUGGCGAGGAACUAUCAAAGACUUGGCAGGCUUGGGAGUUUCGAGCAAGUGGAGUCGUCUGAUUAGGAAGCUGGAAACUGGACUGCAGAACAGAACCCUGACCUUUCUGUUUAGAUACUGUUUCCAAGCUUUGGUCUAUGCCAUUUGGUUUGAGAGGAAUGCGCGACGCGUGGGAGAGCCUCCAAAGCCAGCUUCUCUUCUGAUUCUCUACAUAGAUAAGCUGGUUAGGAACAGAAUCUCGUUGCUACGCAGACCAGGGUGGAAGCACGAGAAAGCAAUGGAAGUAUGGUUCUGGAGGAGAUGA